AAAAGAAAAAAAACAUUGAGAGAAUAAUAACACUGUAUAAUAUUCUAUCUUUAUCUCUCUUUUUCUCAUUUGAUUUCGGCACGGGAGAAACAAUUCGUCAAAUUCGCAUAAGCGAUAAAGACGACGAUCAGAUACCACCGAGUGUUCACCAAUGAGCGUAGCGUGCAGCCUUUACGGCAGAGGACAAAACCGUGGUACACGUACGGAAAAUCGUCAGUGCAUCAUCGUAGUUACCUGUAGAACACCCUCGACAAAAGAAUCCUUCGUUGUAGCAUCCAUCGCCACCACCAACACCACCACCACCACCACCACCAAUACCAUCACUACCAUCAUCACUAAAACUGUACGACCGAAACUGACGAGGAUACUUUUUUCAUCCGAUUUGAAUUUUCUUCCAAUUACCACGAACGAUCAUGGGUCUCGAUUUCUUGGAAGACGGAGGUGUCGACUUCGAGCAUGCAAUCACCGUAACAGGAUUUGGAAAGUUUCAUUACAUGCUAUUGGCAAUAUGCGGGCUAAUUUACAUGGAUACUGCCAUAGGCGUAACAAUUCUUUCAUUCGUUUUACCUGCCGCACAAUGCGACCUGGAAAUGGAUUCAACUGCAAAAGGAUGGUUAACGGCAUCACCGAUGUUGGGUAUGGUGGUUGGGUCAUAUAUAUGGGGAUGCCUGGCUGAUACCAAAGGAAGAAAAGUAGUAUUGAUAGCAACUUUGUUGAUGGACGGAAUAGUCGGGGUCAUUUCGUCAUUUGUCCAAUACUUUUGGGUAUUUUUAAUCUUCAGGUUUUUCAAUGGUUUCGCGGUAACAGGUGCUAUGGGAAUUUGUUUCCCAUAUUUAGGAGAAUUUCAACCAACGAAAUAUCGCGAAAGGUGUCUUUGUUGGAUGGAAAUGUUUUGGACGGUCGGUGUAAUAUUAUUGCCACUUAUAGCAUGGUUAAUAGUACCGUUAGAUCUGAGGUACGAAUCCGAAGUGUUUCACUUCAAAUCAUGGAAUCUCUUCGUAGCCCUUUGUGCCCUACCAUCAAUCGUCUUAGGAUUAUGGUUAUUUGCAUUCCCAGAAAGUCCGAAAUUUUUAUUAGAGUGUGGUGAACCAGAAGCUGCCUUGGAAGUAUUUAAAUGGAUUUAUGCACAAAAUACUGGUCAAGAUCCAGAAACUUAUCCAGUAAAGUGUUUGCAAGAGAAAUCAAAUUCCAAGGACAAGAGUACUAGAUCAUUGAAACUUCAUAAAAAAAAAGAUUUGAAAGUACUCUUUUCAGAAGUUUGGGAAUUAACAAUGUCUUUAUACAAACCACCAUACCUUCGUAAUACUUUGUUAGCAUGUGCCAUACAAUUUGGUCUUACCAGUAGUUAUUAUACUCUUAUGGUCUGGUUUCCUGAAUUAUUUACCAGAUUUGAAGAAUUCGAACAUGAAAAUCCUGGUGAAACAACAUCCGUUUGCAUAGUAUCAUCAUUGUCUGACAAUUCAACCAAUUCGGAUCCUUACGGAUGCGAUACUGUCAUUGGUUUGAAUGUUUAUUUACAUACUGUUUAUCUUGGACUAGCAUGUAUACCUGGUUCUAUCAUUUUACCAAUUUUUGUACAUAAAUUGGGAGCGAGAUUUUUCUUAAUCUUAUCAUUGCUAGUCUCUGGUGCAGUAACCGUUGGUUUUUAUUUCGUCAUAAACUCAACGCAAAAUCUAAUAUUAUCGUGUAUAUUUGAAGCUUUGACGUCAUUAGGCAUCUCUUUAGUUUACUGCAUAAUCGUCGACAUGUUUCCGACGAAUCUCAGGGUAAUGGCAGCAGCGUUAUCUUUAACAAUGGGUCGAUUAGGUGCAUUAGUUGGAAAUUUAUUAUUCGGUUAUUUAAUUGAUUUAGCAUGCAUCGUACCUAUAGUGAUAUUUGCCGCAUUCUUGUUUCUAUGCGGCUUUUUGUCAUUUGUCUUACCACGAACGGGGAAAGAAACUCUCGAUUAAGAAAAAAAACGAAAAAAAAAUGGAAUAAUUUGUAAAACAAGGAAGAAACGUGAUGACAUUGUGUCUUGGAAAACAAAAUGAA